AUGUCUUACGACUCCGACGACGAAGACUUCUCCCACCUCGGCUCGAGGCUCAAGCGAGGGUCCGGCGGGUACACCGUCUGGCUCGUUCCCGAUAGCGCCGAGGUGGCCAAGAUCGAGAGCAUCCAAAAGGUCAUUGGUCUCAAGACGUUGCAGAUCUACUCGGACGCUCUGGACAAGGAGCCUGGCUUUGUGCCCGACAACAAGCGAUACACCAAGCCGGCCGAGUACCCGCAGGCCGGGGUGCUCAUCCUGCCCGGGUCGAACUGCGGCAACACGUCGCAGGCGGGGGUCAAGCGCAUGGCUCAGGGGGUUGUGGACGCGUACAAGGGCGGGCACAUUCGCGUAGCCUUCGAGUCGACCAACGCUGUCGGCGGCGGCGGCGGUUCGGUGCACGUGCUGAUAAACGAGAAGGAGAGCGACAUCGCCGCCCUCGAAGAGCUCCGCAGCGCGCUCAAGAGCCGUCUCUGGGGCCCAGCCGACGCCCGCAAGUCCAUCCCGACCCCGUACCUCCCGCUUCUCGAGGUCCCUCUGGCCCAGAGCCACAACGUGCACAGAGACGAGGGGAUAGACCCAGGCCUCCUCGCUAUCCGCGGGAACGCCGAGACUACGGCCAGCAGUUUCAACGGCGCCCUGCCCACCCUCACGCUCACCAAGGUGCUUGUCCUCGGCGCUGGCGAGGUUCCAAUCGCCGCCAAGCACAUCUGCCUUCUCAAUCGCCCCUCCAUCAUCAUCAUCAUGCACAUCGCUGUCCUCCUCGCCACUGUCGCCGCACUGGCCAGUGUCGCAUGCCUCCCCGUUGAGCCCCGCGACCCCGCCCCGCUCAACCCCCAGCCCCUACCCCCCGGCAUCCUCCACCGCCCGCAAUACGGCUACCACCCCGUCAUUGCCGCCGACGAGCUCGACCCGAUCCCCGAGAUCCCCAGCGUGGGCGGGCACCAGCCCCGCCCGAACUGGCAGGGUGGGGCCAUCAAGCCGCCUACUGGUGGGCCGUACGCCGUCCAUGGUGGUGCAAAGGUCGCUGGGCGCAAUGCCGAUCCCGACACCGAAGCGUAG